GUCCUUUUUUUUUUUUUAACAGCGGCCCGUCAUUUCCGUUGUGUUGGUCAAGAAAAGUCUCGGCUUCACUCACUCUAUAAACGCAACAAAUUGUUGUCUCUGCAGACGACUGAUAUGCUUUGCUAGUAUGGAUGAAUCCAAUUCAAUGUUUGUGCUACACAGUGUCAUCUAAGCGAAGAAAGUCAGAGAAGGCAAGCUAGUACUUCACAAGACCAGAGUGGCUAAUAUCAAAUCAUGUCAGGAGCUGUAAGUGUCCUUGACCCUGAUGCUAGAUUGUUCAAGUGUGGAACAUGUGGCCAGGAAUAUAGGUCUUUAGUUGAAUGUGUAGCACAUAUGAAAAUCCAUUCUGAAGGAGAUGCAGUGGCAGCACCAGAUACUGAAAUAACUACACUUUCAUCAUCAUUAACAGAGAUCCACAAAAUUAAAGCCCAUGACAGCACUUCAGAAUCAGGUGUAGAUACUGUACCUACACUUGCAAAUCAAGCAGAACAACUUUUCCAAACUGUGACAACAGAACAUGCAGUGGAAGGCAAUAUAGCUGGAACAAUUGAAUCAACAAGAGCAACCUCACAAACUCAUUUUUCUGCGCCUGUUCUUGAAUUUACAAACCAAGAAGGGCUCACACGUGCCAAUCUAUCAUCCCCUAAAAGAAUUCGGCAUCAAAGAUCAAUACAGAAGACAGGGAGCAACCAGCAUGGCAAAGGUGCUAUACAGUGGUAUUCUUGCGACUUGUGUUGCUUUGCAUUUAUGGCAGAGACAGAUCUUUACAAACAUAAAGCAAAAGCACACCAGGUGAAACAAGAAGUUUUAGGAGAAUACCUGGAUGUAUCUUCAAGUGGAAGCAGAGAGUGUGACAGCUCAACAUCUGCCCUACAGGUUGAUUUAUCAACACAUGUUGAGUAUGCAGCAGUAUCUUCAGAGGAGUCAGAAAGAACUGCAGUAAAUGAAGAGGGUGAUAGCAGACAACAUAGAGAUCAAAAAAUGGUAGAGACAGGAACAAGCAAAGAAUAUGAGCUUCAAGCCAACAGGAAUGAGCGACGACCCUUCCUUUGUCCAGACUGUCCAGCACGCUUUAGUCAUCAGAGCAGUCUUUCGGUGCAUCGUCGAAAACACUCUGGCCACCAGCCGUACAGAUGUUCUGAAUGCCACAAGACCUUUUGGGAUCCCAGCAAUCUUCGUGUUCAUCAACGCAUUCACACAAAUGAGCGGCCCUUUAAGUGUGAUAUUUGUGGUUUUGCCUUUAACCAGGCCAAUGACCUGAAGACCCAUCGAAGACGACAUACUGGAGAGAAGCCAUUUACCUGUGGGGAAUGUAACUCUUCCUUUUGUGAUGCUUCCCACUUUCGUCGUCACAUAAAAAAACAUGCUGGCAUACAGCCUCAAAUCAAGUGUGAUCUCUGUGAUGCUAGAUUUUUUCACCCAUCAGGGCUGACUCGACACCGACGUAAACACACAGGCGAGAAGAAUUAUAUUUGUCAAAUAUGUACAUCAGCCUUCGCUCGACUAGACACUCUAAAACUGCACCUACGAUCUCAUACAGGCAUGAGACCAUAUGAAUGCGGAGAAUGUGGAAUCAGGUUUGCAGACCGCAGUCAGUGCCGCCGCCACAUCAAAAGGCAUGGAAAAGGCACUGUCAUUAUCAGAACAAAUACAGAUCAGGAGGCAUCUACUAAGACUAAUCACAUUGUAAUUAAUGGAGCAUCAUCUGAUGUGCCUGCCCAAGGGACCUCGACAGUGCAGUUACCACUUCCUGUUGAAAACUCAUCUGAAACAUUUGGAAUUGAUUCUCCUUGUGAAUCAAUUGAAAUUGAACUCUCUGAGUCUCUUUUGAAUGAAGAAGAAUUGGUAUACCAAUAUGGAGACAUGCUGAUUACUAUAUCUCGUUCAACAGCUGAAACAGCAGCUGUCACUUCAGAUAAUCCGACCAGCUCUAAGAUCGUGAAGCUGCUUGCCUGUGGGGAGUGCAAUGCGGCCUUUGUCACUCACAAAGAAGUAUAUGAACAUAUUGCUUCCAAGCAUGUUCCUACCACAAAGCAUCUUAACCCUAAAACAUUUGAUGGCAAUGAUGAAUUGCAGACUGGGCAGAUUUUGACAGAAGUUCCUCCUGCUACACCCAAGGAAGCAAACCCAAAACAAUCAGAGAGUCUUUUUCAGACUCAGACCUCACAUCCGUUGACUGAGCACAACAGCAUGACCAAGACUCUUCCAGACAACAUUAAGAACAACAUGUCCAGCAUGGCACUUAAAUCGGAGCCUGAGAUUAUGAGGAAGAGGAAUGUCUCCAAAGCACCCAGGGUGGGGGAGAAGAAGUGGCAGUGUGGCCAGUGCGAUGCUUCUUACCACAACCAAGCUGAGCUACGUCGUCAUGCCACUUUGCAUACAGGAGAAAAACCAUAUGAGUGUCCUGUCUGUGGCAAACGCACGCGAGAUCCUAGCAAUCUCAAACGGCACAUACGAACUCAUACGGGGGAACGACCUUAUCAGUGCAACAUUUGUGACAAAGCGUUUGCACAGGCAGGACAUCUCAGUUCGCAUCGCAGAACGCACACUGGUGAAAGACCAUACAAGUGCACCCAGUGUGAUGCAAGGUUUGUUGAGAGGAACCACUUGAAGCAUCACUUGAAAGUACAUGCAGGAAUCAAGCCAUUUAAGUGCAAAGAAUGCAACUUUCACAUUCAUUCGACUGGCAGAAUUGAGAAGACACUCGUUGGUGCAUUCGGGUGUGAAGCCUUUUAGAUGUUCUGUUUGUGGAGUGCCAUUUUUCCGGCAAGAUGCUCUGAAGCAGCAUGCAAGGAAGCAUCUUUCAGGAGAUGAGAAACAUGAUUGUAAACUGUGCAGGAGAGUGUUCUCAUCUGAAAUUAGCAUGCAGCAGCACAUGUCCAGGCGACA